CACAAAUUUUUUCUUCUUUUUUCGUGCCACUUUUUACUGCGAGGACUCUCUCACUACAAAGCUUCCGGCGGUGUUUUGCUCAACACAAAAUCGAUGGAAACUUCGAGAAAAAAAGAGGGAAGAUACUUUAUUGGAGGAAAUUAUAGGGAAAAACUGAGGUUUACGUCGAGACUUGAAAACCUUCCUGUUUUUAAGUACACCCUUGGGAAAGAUAAAAAAUUUUGUGACUUCCGGCGGUUUUUAAAAUAUUUGUUGAGUGGUGUUUAA